AUGGCGAGCGGCGGCGCGCCCUGCCCUGCGCCUGCCCCGCCCGGCGUGACCGUGGGCUGCUCGUGGUCCUGCGCGCCACCGGGCGGCCUGGACCGGGCGCUGUGCCUGCGGCGCGGGGCGAGCCACGAUGAGGCGAGCGGCGAGACCGUGGCGCUGGAGCGGCGGGCGGGCGGCGGGGACGCGGCGUGCGUGCUGCAGCUGGAGUGCCGGGCGGGCGCCGAGCGGGUGGCGGCAGUCGGCGUGGUGAGCGAGGCCCGGCACAUGGAGGUGUACGUGGGCGAGGAGUACUGCGGAACCGGGCGGGGGGUGAGCGCCGGAAUCCUGCAGCCACCGGGUGAAACUGAAACUGUGACUUUAUAUGAAAAGUAUCUGAAAUUGGAAUGCCCAGCGACCUCUUGUAGGAUUAAGCUGCUCUCCAUUGGAUCAAGCAUAGAUCUAGACAGAGUGCAAACUAUAAUGGAAUCUAUGGGAUCUAAGUUGUCUCCAGGUGCUCAGCAACUCAUGGACAUGGUCCGGUAUCAGCAGAAACAGAACAGUUUACCUCUUGGAGACAAACUUAGCUGGAUAUUUGGGAAGAGCUCAGACUUUGGAAGCGAGCAUCCAGUGGAUGGAUUUCACAGUGCAGCCAUUCAGACAUCACUGCAUCAGUCAGUCAGUGAAUCUUCGUCUGUCAGAAAUCCUGCGACAAGUGAGACAGGAUGUGAAAACAUAAAUCCUGAUCUGAAAGCACAGCUUCCUGAAGGAAGGGAUACUUCUAACUCUACAGAACUUAAUACACAGCAGAGUACAGUUGACCUCAGAAAUGAUUUUAAAGCUAUGGGAUCUUUGCUUAUGCAGGAGCAAACAGACAGAAUCCAGAAUGUAGCUGCUCCACAGAUGCUUCUUCCUUUUCUUCAGAACUUAUGUAGUCAAGUUAAUCAUCUUCGGCUAAAAGAUGGUGAGAAGCAUCUUGAUAAAAAUGUGGCCACUAAAGAAGAAGGCAUUCAAACUGUUGGAGUAGAACAGCAGCCUAUUUGCUCCUAUCUGGAGAAGAUCAUCUCCAAAAGCAUGGAUCUGAUGGAGAAAAAACUGACAGACUACAUCGAUCGCCAAAUCCAGGCUCUGCAGGCGCACAUAGAUGAUAGAAUGGUUCUCUUAAUGGACUUGCUUCAGAACUCAAAGCAAAACAAAAUUUCACAAGCACACUAUGACUCUAAUGAGGGAUUCUCUAAUGGGGAGAGAUAAACAUACGUAGAUAUGGAACUCCAGUGCAAGUAUUUUUAAGGGCAGUUACACUUUACAAAGCUUCAUAUUUAUGGAGUUAUAACUGCAGAGAACCUCAGUGUUGAUGACUUGCAUUUUGUUACUGUAAUUCUCCACUGUUGUACACAGUUGUUAGUUUUAUGAAAGAUCGUAAGAAUGAGUGGUUUUCCUAAAAAAAGAAUUUUGUAUGCCUUUUGUGGCUUAUUUAUUUAAGGAGCUUUGCUGAAAGCCAUGUAAAACAUGGCUUCCCAGUGUUGAAAAAAAAUGAAGUACACUAAAUAAACUGAGUUACAGCAUA